AUGGAGGUGGACGAGUAUCCCGUCGAGACAAUUCUCGAGGCCAUCGACGACCUCGGCGUGCCACCAAAGCAACGACUCAAAGUUUUACUGUUUGAUAUUGGCGGUGUCUGUGUUGUGUCGCCCUUCCAGUCAAUUCUGGACUACGAACUGAGCCUCGGGAUCCCGCCGGGCUGGGUCAAUUACUGCAUAUCCAAAACAGCCCCCGAUGGCUUUUGGCACCGCCUCGAAAAGGGCAUCAUCCCCAUGGACGCCGCCUUCUAUGCCGGUUUCAACCGCGAUCUCCGCGACCCAAAUCGCUGGGAGACCUUUUACCGACAGGCUCAGCAAGCUAGUGACAUCCCUGCCGACCAAGUUGUCGUGCCUCCGGUCCCCAAUGUCGAUGGCAAGUGGCUCUUCCUGGACAUGAUGGCGGCGGCGCGGUCUCCCGACCCUUUCAUGUUCCCCGCCCUGAGAAAGCUUCGUGAGAAUGGCAAGUAUGUGGUUGCUGCACUUAGCAACACUGUGAUUUUCCCGCCCGGCCAUGAAUACUCGCAAACAGACUUCUUCUUGGAUGACCCAGUGCGCCGGUUGUUUGAUGUCUUCAUCUCCUCGGCUCACAUCGGGCUACGGAAGCCAGAUCCCGAGAUCUACCAGCUCGCCCUAAACAAGGUGGACGAGUUUGCACGAUCCAACGCAACCACGGACAGGGGGAAAGCGCUCGGGUUUCCUGCUGCAGAGGGCGUCAGCGCCGGCGAGAUUGUCUUCUUGGACGACAUCGGGCAAAACCUAAAGGCCGCUAGGCAUGCGGGCUUCCGUACUAUCAAAGUCUCCCUAGGCAAGGCAUACGAGGCCGUAGCGGAACUAGAGAAAGUCACGGGUCUUUCUCUGGCCGGCGAUCAUCCAAAGACUCCCAUCAAGCCCAAAUUAUAA